AUGAACUUAUUAACGUUCGUAUUCGCCACUGCCAUUGUGGGAGUUGCCUUGCCACAAAUCGUCGAUGUUGAGGUACAGGAGCUGAAGCUUGGACAAAGGAACGUUUGUCCACAUGAAGAAGUCGAGAUUGUCACUGUUAAACAGCCAUGUGUAGAACGAUACACAAAAUAUGUUCGAACGAGGAAACCCGGAUGUAAUGGACUAUUCCGAAGCUGUUCCGUUCGGGAACCAAAGACAAUCUACUUCCACACCUACAAGAAGGUCAAUCGAACGCGACGGCAUACGGUAGCUGAAUGUUGCCCAGGAUGGGUUCACGUCCCUGGAAUGGAUGGUUGCCAGCGUGCCAACUGCACUUCGGAUCUCUGCCACAAUGGCGGCACUUGCAUCCCAUUCCAAAAUGGUACUGAAGACAUCUGUCAUUGUGCUCCAGGAUUUACCGGAGCGAAGUGUCAGUACGAUAUCAACGAAUGCGUUGCGGACAACGGUGGAUGUCAUCACGACUGUGUAAAUACGAUAGGAACUUUCUACUGUCGAUGUUGGGCUGGAUUCGAAUUGGAAGAAAAUGGGAAAACUUGUAAAGAUAUUGACGAAUGUGCGAUCUCAAAUGGUGGUUGUUCACAUCGUUGUGUGAACUCGCCAGGUGGUCAUCGUUGCGAAUGCCCUCCUGGAAUGCAAAUCAACUCCGGAGGCAGAAAAUGUGUUGACUCGAACACUUGUGCUGCUGACAAUGGCGGAUGCGACCAUAUUUGCGAAGAAAGGCACGGAAAAUUCUAUCGAUGUAAAUGUAAGCACGGCUAUCGACUAGGAGAUGACAAGAAGAAAUGUCACCCAAUCGACCCAUGCUUGGACAAGAAGGGUGGCUGCCAACAUCACUGUGUGAAUGAAAACGGUAGAGCAAGAUGUCAAUGCUUCGCUGGUUAUAGACUAGCUUACGACAGGAAGACAUGCAUUGACAUCGACGAAUGUUAUCUACAGAAAGGCGGAGGAUGUCAGCACGAAUGUGUCAAUACCUUCGGAUCAUACAGAUGCCGAUGCCGCCCCGGCUUCACCUUAGCCGAAGAUGGUCGUUCAUGUGAUGAACAACUUUCUGGAUGCCAAAUCGCUAAUGGUGGAUGUCAGCAUGACUGUUACGAUCAGCCUAAUGGAGGACAUGUGUGUAAAUGCAGGGAUGGAUAUGAUUUAGCCGAGGAUGGAAUGAGUUGCAGAGAUAUCAACGAGUGUUCCGUAGGUAAUGGUGGAUGUUCUCAACUUUGCAUCAAUCUACCCGGAUCUUUCGAGUGUCAGUGCAAAACGGGCUACAUUAUGACUUACGACAGAAGGACAUGCGAAGAUAUCAAUGAAUGCGUUGCCAAUAAUGGUGGAUGUCAGCACAUGUGCACCAACACCCCUGGAAGUUACGAAUGUGCCUGUGAAGAAGGUUUUCGCUUAGCUGAAGAUGGUCACUCCUGCUACGAUGUUAACGAAUGUCUCGUUAAUAAUGGAGGCUGUAGUCAGUUAUGUCGCAAUGAUGAAGGCGGUAGACAUUGCGAGUGUUUUGGAGGAUAUAUCCUGGGAAAGGAUGGGAAAACUUGCAUGGACGUCGUUACUCAUCGAAAACAAUUGGAUGACACCAUCGACAUCGACGGUCUGACACUGGAUCGCCUAAUUGAUAAUAUAGAGAACUAUCCUGGAGAUGGAGUGCAACGUCCUGUCUCUCCCUAUAGUUUCUCCUUCAGUCGAUUGCGUAAAGCUUGUCCACCAGGGGAAUUCGGUCCACACUGUCAAUACACAUGCAAUGACUGCAAGAAUGGAGGUGUUUGCUCCCAUGAUAACUCCACCUGUGACUGUUUACCGGGUUGGACGGGUGAUAUCUGCGACGAUAUGUGCCCGGAUGGUAGAUGGGGAGCAGGCUGCAAUCAGAUUUGCGGAUGUGAUGGAAAGAGCUGCGACCCGGUGACAGGUAGUUGCCGUUGUACUUCUACAGAAGAAUGCCCUCUGGGACCAUGCCCGCCAGGAUUCUAUGGACCUAUGUGUGAGCUACAAUGUCGCAUGCAAUGCCCGGAUGGACGAUGUGAUCCCGUAUAUGGGUAUUGUACCUGUGAAGAGGGGCUAUAUGGAGAAAAUUGCGACAAGCCUUGCCCCAGUUUUGUUUUUGGAAGAAACUGUAGACAUACUUGUAAAUGUUCUCGUGAAAAUAGCGAAGGGUGUGAUAGUAAAACCGGAAAAUGCAUUUGCCGCGCUGGAUUUUACGGACCAUUAUGCAAAAGGCGGUGUCCCAUCGGAUUCUAUGGGCCAAGUUGUGCCAAAAAAUGCCAGUGCACAGAUGGAUUACGGUGUGAUCCAGUUACAGGAGAUUGUAAUAAAAAAUGUCCUCCUGGAUAUAUGGGGGAGCGCUGCGACAAAGUAUGUUUACCUGGAACAUUCGGUUACGAUUGUGAACAACGGUGUGCUUGUUCGGAACCAGGACAACCGAAAGCAUGCCAUCACGUCACUGGCACUUGUUCAUGCCUUCCUGGACUCACUGGAGUGAUGUGCGAUACGCCCUGUCCUCCUGGCUUGUAUGGUCCAAACUGCGCAUUUGAAUGUGCAUGCCAGAAUGGUGCCGAAUGUAAUGCCAAAGAUGGUUCAUGUAUCUGUCCUCCUGGAUUCUACGGAGCGAGCUGUAGUGAAGUCUGCCCAUCUGGUAGAUACGGUACGGACUGCAUGAAGCUGUGCGAUUGUCAAAACGGCGCAAUCUGCAGCCCAUCAGAUGGUAAAUGUGAAUGCCGACCAGGUUGGAUGGGUGAACAUUGUGAAAAGCCAUGCGAGCAAGGUUUUCAUGGAAAGGACUGUUUAAAACGUUGUGAUUGUGCCAACGGUAUGCAUUGUGACCCUUCAGAUGGCGAAUGUAUCUGUCCUCCAGGAAAAAGAGGUGCCAAAUGUGACCAAGAAUGUGAGGUCGGCCAUUUUGGCGCAGGCUGUCGCGGCAUUUGCGCUUGCGCCAAUGGUGGGUCAUGUGAUGGUGUUACCGGAGCUUGUAAAUGCACUCCAGGAUGGCGUGGGAAAAGAUGUGACCGGCCUUGCCCAGAUGGACGCUAUGGCGAGGAGUGCCGCUUCAUAUGUGACUGUGCCACAUCAAAUGACACCACACUCUACAACCCAUUCGUAGCUAGAUGUGACCAUGUAACAGGUGAAUGUCGUUGCCCACCAGGGUGGACUGGCCCGGAUUGCGGGACUCCAUGCCCAGCAGGGAGAUGGGGUUCUGGCUGUAGUAGCGAAUGUGAGUGCUCAAAUGGGGCAACUUGCGAUCGUCUUACUGGAUUCUGUGAUUGUCCGGCUGGUUUUAUGGGAAAGAACUGCGAAACAGAAUGCCCACCAAGUCUUUGGGGAGCCAAUUGCAUCCACCAUUGUCUGUGUAUGCAUGACGGUAGUUGCAAUUCAAAAACUGGAGAUUGUACCUGCGCUGCUGGAUGGACUGGACCGGCUUGCGAGUUUUUGUGCCCAUUCGGACAAUAUGGACUGAACUGUGAGCUACGAUGUGAUUGCAUGAAUGGUGCAAACUGCAACAGAACUACAGGACAAUGUGAAUGCUUACCUGGAUGGAGAGGAGAAAGAUGUGAACUUCCCUGUCCGUCUGGCCACUUCGGUGCAAAUUGCGAAGAAGUUUGUGAAUGUGAGAAUGGAGCUAUGUGUGACCCAGUCAGUGGUCACUGCUCUUGUCAAGCUGGAUGGCGAGGGCGCAAAUGCAAUAGACCCUGUCUAAAAGGCUACUUUGGACGUCACUGCUCCCAAACAUGUCGCUGCUCCAACCAUAAGCCAUGUGAUCACAUAACCGGAAAAUGUCAAUGUCCCAAAGGCUACACUGGUCAUGGAUGCACAGAGCUUUGCCCGGAAGGAACUUAUGGAGAAGGAUGCAAGAAGAAAUGUGUAUGCAAUGACAAUUCUGAAUGCGAUCCAAUCACUGGAAAAUGUUACUGUAAACUCGGUUAUUUUGGCGAAGACUGCAAAAGUGGUUGCGUCCAGGGACGUUUCGGUACCGACUGUUCGGAGCUGUGCGAGUGUGCGAAUGGAGCAGUGUGCGACAAGGAGACCGGAGCUUGCAUUUGUCCACCGGGUUUUAUUGGCACAAAAUGUGACACACCAUGUCCGCAGGGACGAUACGGAGAAAACUGCGAAAAGAUUUGCUCGUGCGAAAAUGGUGGCACAUGUGACCGAUUGUCUGGACAAUGCAGGUGUGCUCCAGGAUUCACAGGACUCACUUGUAACCAAGUCUGUCCCGAAGGUCGAUGGGGUCCCGGUUGUAAGGACAAGUGCCGAUGUGCCAAUGGUGCCCACUGCGAUCCAGCAACUGGAGAGUGCAAGUGUAAUCUCGGCUACAUGGGAACUACAUGCGAACAAAGCUGUCCGUCUGGAAAGUAUGGUCUGAACUGUACUUUGGACUGUGAAUGUCAUGGAAGUGCAAGAUGUGACCCAGUCCAAGGAUGUUGUGACUGCCCGCCUGGUCGCUAUGGAACUAGAUGCCAGUUUGUUUGUCCUGUUGGUUUCUAUGGCUGGUAUUGUAGCCAGUCAUGUUCCUGCCAGAAUGGUGCCUCUUGUGAGCCUGGAGAUGGCCAGUGCCUAUGUCCUCCUGGAUUUGAGGGUGAUCAUUGUGAGACAUCUUGCAAGAACUCCACCUACGGUCCUCACUGCCACCUAAAGUGCGAUUGUGGUAAUUACCCAUGCGAUCCUCGAGAUGGGACUUGUCUAUGCCCGGUAGGCCUCAGUGGUCCCAAAUGUCAACAAGUGUGUCGGCAAGGACGAUACGGAGAAAACUGCCAGCACAAGUGCCAGUGCUACAAUGGCGCUACUUGUGAUCGAAAAACAGGCCGGUGUACUUGCGCCCCAGGAUAUUUGGGGCCAACUUGCCAACACGAAAUGAGAGAUCCAAACAGCGUAGCCAAACGAGGUGAUUUGCCUGAAGAUUGGGAAUGGCGGGCACGGCGGUAG